GGAAGGCACUGCCGGGACUCCCGCCGCCGCCGCCGCUGGCCAAGGUGCUGGACAAAACAGACGGGUCAGCCACUUCGCCAGCUCAGCCACCCGUUGCAGCCGGGCUGUCUCGCUUCCAUACGGGUCCCCAUGGAAGAGAUGGAAGAAGAGUUAAAAUGCCCCGUGUGCGGCUCCUUCUAUCGGGAGCCCAUCAUCCUGCCCUGCUCUCACAAUUUAUGUCAGGCGUGCGCCCGCAACAUCUUGGUGCAAACCCCGGAGUCUGAGUCCCCCCAGAGCCGUCGGGCCUCGGGCUCCGGGGUCUCUGACUAUGACUACCUGGAUCUGGACAAGAUGAGCCUGUACAGCGAAGCAGACAGUGGCUAUGGCUCCUACGGGGGGUUUGCCAGCGCCCCCACUACUCCGUGCCAGAAGUCCCCCAAUGGCGUCCGCGUGUUUCCCCCAGCUAUGCCGCCACCGGCCACCCACUUGUCACCGGCCUUGGCCCCGGUGCCCCGUAACUCCUGUAUCACCUGUCCCCAGUGCCACCGUAGCCUCAUCCUGGAUGACCGGGGUCUCCGUGGAUUCCCCAAGAACCGAGUCCUGGAAGGGGUAAUUGACCGCUACCAGCAGAGCAAAGCCGCGGCCCUCAAGUGCCAGCUCUGCGAGAAGGCGCCCAAGGAGGCCACCGUCAUGUGCGAACAGUGCGAUGUCUUCUACUGCGAUCCAUGCCGUCUUCGCUGCCACCCACCCCGGGGUCCCCUAGCCAAGCACCGCCUGGUGCCCCCGGCCCAGGGCCGUGUGAGCCGGAGGCUGAGCCCGCGCAAGGUCUCCACUUGCACAGACCACGAGCUGGAGAACCACAGCAUGUACUGCGUGCAGUGCAAGAUGCCCGUGUGCUACCAGUGCUUGGAAGAGGGCAAACACUCCAGCCAUGAAGUCAAGGCUCUGGGGGCCAUGUGGAAACUACACAAGAGCCAGCUCUCCCAGGCGCUGAACGGGCUGUCGGACAGGGCCAAAGAAGCCAAGGAAUUCCUGGUGCAGCUCCGCAACAUGGUCCAGCAGAUCCAGGAGAACAAUGUGGAGUUUGAGGCCUGCCUGGUGGCCCAGUGUGAUGCCCUCAUCGACGCCCUCAACAGAAGGAAAGCCCAGCUGCUUGCACGCGUCAACAAGGAGCACGAGCACAAGCUGAAGGUGGUUCGAGAUCAGAUCUCUCACUGCACAGUGAAACUGCGCCAGACCACGGGCCUCAUGGAGUACUGCCUGGAGGUGAUUAAGGAAAACGAUCCCAGCGGCUUUCUGCAGAUUUCUGACGCCCUCAUAAGGAGAGUGCACCUGACUGAGGACCAGUGGGGGAAAGGCACGCUCACUCCCAGGAUGACCACGGACUUCGACCUGAGUCUGGACAACAGCCCUCUGCUGCAGUCCAUUCACCAGCUGGACUUCGUGCAGAUGAAAGUUCAGCCCAGGAACUGUGAUGCUAUCCAUUUCCAAAACACAAAAGCUUCCUCUCCAGUCCCAGCAACUCCCAUCCUACAGCUGGAGGAGUGUUGCACCCACAACAACAGCGCCACGCUGUCCUGGAAGCAGCCGCCUCUGUCCACUGUGCCUGCUGAAGGAUACAUUCUGGAGCUGGAUGACGGCAAUGGUGGUCAGUUCCGGGAAGUGUAUGUUGGAAAGGAGACAAUGUGCACCGUGGAUGGUCUUCACUUCAACAGCACAUACAACGCUCGCAUCAAGGCCUUCAACAAAACAGGCGUCAGCCAGUACAGCAAGACCCUGGUCCUCCAAACGUCUGAGGACACAGAUUCAGAAGAACAGACACUCCCUUUUCCAGUGCCUUCGGAAAGAUUGCCGCUCCGUAGAAUGAGUCCUUUCUCCUCCACCCUUAAUCUACAGCCCAGCUUCCCCGGGAGAUCCUACUUUGAUUUCCGAUCCUCACCCCACCAGCUGAGCUUGCAUUCCUCCUUACAGUCUCUCAAUGCACCGGUUGACAUUAAAAAGCUGUUGGCAGUGGCCUGGUUUGCUUUUGACCCUGGCUCAGCACACUCUGACAUCAUCUUCUCCAAUGACAACCUGACUGUGACCUGCAGUAGCUACGAUGACCGAGUGGUGCUAGGGAAGACCGGCUUCUCUAAGGGUGUCCACUACUGGGAGUUAACUGUGGAUCGCUACGACAACCACCCCGACCCUGCCUUUGGUGUGGCUCGCAUCGACGUGAUGAAGGAUGUGAUGUUAGGAAAGGACGACAAAGCUUGGGCAAUGUAUGUGGACAAUAACCGGAGCUGGUUCAUGCACAACAACUCGCACACCAACAGAACUGAGGGAGGGAUCACAAAAGGGGCCACAGUCGGGGUCCUCCUCGAUUUAAAUAGAAAAACCUUGACGUUUUUUAUCAACGAUGAACAGCAAGGGCCCAUAGCAUUCGAGAAUGUGGAGGGCAUGUUCUUCCCAGCAGUCAGCCUGAAUAGGAACGUGCAGGUCACGCUUCACACUGGGCUCCCGGUCCCUGACUUCUACUCCAGCAGAGCAUCAAUAGCCUAAGGAUGUGCUGUGGAGGCGCCAGCUGCCUGUUCUUGCCUCCGCCCG